AUGAAUUUUUGCAGUGGAGUUGAUGGUGUAUUCGAGCACUUGUGUGACUAUGGAAAGAGAGCAUUGAAAUUAAUGAACUUAUUUUUCGGUGAAGCUCCUUCAGGCAUAGGAGCUGAGAGUGUAAUUAACGACUCAUUAUUCAAUAACGCUAUUCUAGAUCAAAAUGAAGAGGCAACUAGUUCAGAAGAAGAAGAAGCUUUGAAAGCAGAUAUAUAUUUUCUUCAAAAUGGGGUUUUCCGGUCAAACUGCAUAGACUGCUUGGAUCGUACUAAUUUUUCUCAGUACGCCUACGGAUUGGUCGCUCUUGAUGAUCAGCUGCAUAGAAUGGGUAUCACAGGACCUCCUAUCAUCGAUAUGAACAAUCCCUUGACAAAGAAAUUGAUGGACGCUUACGAAAAAAUGGGUGAUGCUAUCUCAAUGCAGUAUGCUGGCUCGGACGCACACAUCAAGAUGUUCAGUUCUCUGAGAGGUGACUGGAACAUGAUAGCGAAGCAGCGUGAUAAGAUGAUAGCUUUCCGUCGUCACGUGUGCAACACUUUCAAGGACAGUGAAAAGCAGAACGCCAUCGAUGUGUUCUUGGGAGAAUUCAGGCCUGAGUUAGGGAAGCCACCCCUGUGGAAGUUGUGUUCUGACCAGCGCCACACUAGAAAUAGUUCUAACCUUAAUUAUAGCAAAACCAUGUGGCCAAAACUUUCGAGAUCCUAUUCCGAUAACCUCCUCUUGGAGGGUUUUCAUCAGAGGGAGCUGUUACUCGAAAAUCCUCAGCCUUCACGUAAAGGGUUAAACAGUGACUGGGAAACCAAUUCAGAAGUUGGAUUCGAUGAAGGAGAACCAUCUUCUUCAAGAGCCGCUGAAGAUCAUUUUAGAGGAACAGGAUUAAGACAGAUGUUUCUAGAAGUUGGCUCUACGUCUUAUUCUAGCGCAACCGAUGAUUUAGCUGGUUUUUCACACUCAUACGAUGCUACAUUCAUUGCGGCAGAGGAAAUGUUUGAACGUUGCAGCUCCACAGCGUCAGAUAACAUGUUCGGCGGCGAAUCGUUCACUUCUGCAACUUGGGCGGAGGAGUUUGCUAAAGAUCAGAAUCCACCAGAAGGAUUCUCAAGGGAAUUCGCUGAAUGGGUGCAACACGGAAGAACAUUAAUGUAAAGUGUGCGGAGAUGAAACUGUAAGGUAAUGUUGGUUACUUGGCACGUAUGGGGGAGAGGUUGGACAGACAUGAUAACAUGAGGCAUAAAAUAAGAGACGCAUCUUUGUAAACACCCGACUCAGCUUUGGUUGUUUCUCUUUUAUUUAUCCUUACCAAAAUUGAUUACUCUCUUUGAUUUUUAUUUCUUUGCUAUAUAGAGAGAGAGUGUGGUUUGUUUAAUUUGCACUCGUAUAUUUGGGGAACAAUACACAAUAAAAGUGUGUGAUUAGAAA